AUGGCCAAGUCUAAGAACGCGUCUCAGCACCACCGCAGCCAGAAGGCUCACCGUAACGGUAUCAAGAAGCCUAAGACCAACCGUUACCCCUCCCUCAAGGGUGUUGACCCCAAGUUCCGCCGCAACCACAGACACGCUCUCCACGGCACCAUGAAGGCUCUGAAGGAGAGAAAGGAGGGCAAGCGGGAGGUCGCAUAA